ACGAGAGCUCGUUCACCUGCUAAAAUCCGUGAAGAAGAUCGGGAGCAGUACAUGCGUUUCUCGGCUUAGACAUUUACGAGUUUGGGCUUCUUGUAGUUAAACUUCACUGCUGAAUUAAAAUAUUAGCGUGAAAUAAUGAACGCUUUACUAAACAAGAUUUUAUUGUUGCAGAACACACGGGCGCUGGUCUGUGCUGCAUCAUCGGUUCAAAGUCAGGUGUUAACUACACAGAUGCCUUUAGGUGUAUUACAGACUAACAGACAGUAUAGAUCAAUGCCUACUCAUGGUAUCGGCAGAUACAGACAUCUUCUUCCAAAAGUGUCGUCAAAGAAGAAGAAGGACAGAGUUCAAGAGAAACCGAUCAAAGCGGCAACGGCAACAGAGUUUGGUGUGUUUAAUGUGUGUGUUUUCGGUUAUGACAUGACUCUAGUGGAACAUUAUUCCCAGUACAUCCACAAUCUCUGCAAUCAUCUGGACAUCAAAGUCAGUGAAAGCUUUGCACUGCCUACAAAAACCACAGAGGUCAUGGUGAUGCAGGAGAAAGGCACUAAGAUGUAUGUGGAGGCGGUCCUGAAAGCCCAUGAGCGAGUUGUGCAGGUCAGUGAAAUGAAGGCAACACUUUUUCCUAUAUUUAUGGAAGUUGUUCUGAAGAACCAGCCUGAGGGGGUGCAACUCUGUGUAAAGCAGCACACGGAAACAGAUCAUCAAGUCCGUUUCAAGACAAGGACUGAGCUUGAGGGGCUUCUUGCAAAAAUGAAUAAUUAAUAAAUUAUUUAAAAAAGUUUUUCAUGUGAAAUAAGUGUCUGGCCAUUUUCUACCCCAUGUGUGCUUUUAUUGAAUUUGUGAAGCAAUAAAAUACAUGAUGAAUGUUU